AUGGCCCUGGGGCCUGUCACCUUGCUUCUCACCUUCCUGUGUGCUGGGAUUCCAGCCUCCCAGAUGGCAGAGACCUGUCCAGAGGUGAAGAUGGUGGGCCUGGAGGGCUCCGACAAGCUCAGCAUUCUCAGAGGCUGCCCGGGGGUGCCCGGAGCCCCAGGGCCCAAGGGAGAGGCAGGCGCCAACGGAGGGAGAGGAGAACGCGGUCCCCCCGGAGUCCCUGGAAAGGCAGGACCACCUGGGCCCAAAGGAGAGCCAGGACAGAAGGGAGUACGCGGAGAGAAAGGAGACCCCUGGGAGCCUCAGGGAUGUCACACAGGACCACGGACCUGCAAGGAGCUGCUCACCCAGGGGAACGCUCUGAGCGGCUGGUACACCAUCUUCCUCCCCGACUGCCGGCACCUGACGGUGCUGUGUGACAUGGACACGGACGGCGGGGGCUGGACCGUUUUCCAGCGGAGGAUGGACGGCUCCGUGGACUUCUAUCAGGACUGGGCCACAUACAAGCGGGGCUUUGGCAGUCAGCUGGGAGAGUUCUGGCUGGGGAACGACAACAUCCACACCCUGACCGCCCAGGGCACUACUGAGCUCCUUGUGGACCUGGUGGACUUUGAGGACAACCACCAAUUUGCCAAGUACAGAUCAUUCAAGAUGGCAGGAGAGGCAGAGGAGUACAAGCUGGUCCUGGGGUCCUUUGUGGGAGGCAGUGCAGGCGAUUCUCUGACGUACCACCACAGCCACUCCUUCUCCACCAAAGACCAGGACAAUGAUGUGGAUGCUAGAAAUUGUGCUGCGCUGUACCAAGGAGCCUGGUGGUACAAAACUUGUCACUUGUCAAAUCUGAAUGGUCGCUACCUUGGGGGGAACCAUGAAAGCUUCGCCAAUGGCAUCAACUGGAAGUCAGGGAAGGGGUACCACUACAGCUACAAGACAUCAGAGAUGAAGCUGCGGCCCACCUAG